GAGGUUGUUCAUUUCCCCGUGUGCUGGCGGCGGCGGUUCGCUCAGAGUUCAGCGCGCCGUAUUUAGAGGGAUUAUGUCAAAUGCGACGAGCUCACUGAUGUUUGUGCUGUUAGGCUGCAUAGGAAAUAAUAAAAAAAACAGUGCUCACAGUUUAGUGUAGUGCUUCGAGUAGCUACGCUAUAAAAAAUGAUAAGAAAUGUCUGUGAAGGGUUUGUUCUGAGGUUGCUGUCACCAACUUACAGACUCAUGCUUUGGAAAGCAAACAGCUGAUUUCAUUAUCAGAAAGAAGAGAACAAGGUCAAAGCUAAUCCUGUAGGAGUUAUGUAAAUGAUGUAGGUCUGUUUUUGUGCUGAUAACAAGGAGAAAUCUAGAGGAAAACCUGUAAAUUUCACUUAUUUAUAAGCAUGUUUUUCUGUUCUCCAAGGAUACUAGCACUGUAUGUUAUGUGCUAUGUCCUGAUUCAGGCUCAUAGUUUAUGUGAUGAAUUAGUAGCUUAUGUGCUCAGGCUACCUCUUUAAGUGAUGUAUUAUGCAAAAUGCCUUCACCUGAGUACUGUACAUCUGCUUGACUUUGUGUGCCAUCACCUUUAAUUAUGUAAACUCUCUGUCAUGUGUCCUGUCACAUAGAUAAAAUAUGUAUUUUACUGACCUGACACACUGUUUUCCCUCUCUCUGUCUCUCUGACCUGGCCACACUGUCUGGGAUUGCCCAUGUCAUCUACAAUGACCUUCUACAUGGAUUUAAUUGGCUACCAUGACAACAGAGGCAAGUGCAGUGAGUGAGGCGGACACUGGGGGCAAGCAGAAGGCCAGUGGCGCUGAGCCCGAAACCGAACCAGCGAACAAGCCGAAACCGGAGGCACCCGCGUCCCAGUCGGAGGGGGAGCCGUCGGGCAAGAAAGCCCAGGAGCAGGCCUCUGAGCCUGGGCCUGCUGACGUAGCCACCUCCCCUGAGGAGGAGCAGCUGAAGCCGCGCACCCGGACCUCCGCUGGCAAAGGCCUGUCUCGCCUUUUCUCCUCUUUCCUCAAACGCCGCUCGCAGUGUUCUGAGGGAGAGGGGUUUGAAGCAGAGAAAGCCAGGGAGGAAAAAGCAGACAAAGAGGAAAAAGCUGACAAGGCAGAAGAGGAGAAGAAGGAAAAGAAGGAAGAAGUGAAAAGUGAAACCAAGGAGGCUAAAGUAGUAGUGGAGGAAACACCUGAAGUAAAAGAAGUGAAAAAGAAGGAAGAAAAAGUAGAAGAAAAAGAGGAGAAAAAGAAAGAGGAAGAAAAAGUUGAGAAGAAAGGCAGUAAAAAGAAAAAGAAAGAAGCGAAGAAGAAAGAAGAGAAAAAGGAUGAGGAGAAGGUGAAGCAGGAGGAGGAGAAAAAGGAAGAGGAAAACUUGAAAAAGAAAGAGGAGCAAAAGGAGGAAGAGAAAGCACAGCCGGCUGUAGAAAAGGCGGAGGAAAAAUUGGAGGCAAAAGAAGAAGAAAAGAAGGAGACUGCCGAAGUUAAAGACAAGGGGGCAGACGCUGGAAAGAAAGAGACUAAAGAAGAGGAAAACGUUGACAAGAGAGUUGCAAAGAAAAAAGAAAAGGAGGAAAAGGUAAAGAAGAAGGAAGAGGAAAAAGCAAAGAGGAAAGCAGAGGAAGAAGAAAGGGCGAAGAAGAGAGAAGAAGAGAAAUUGAAGAAGAAAGAGGAAGAAAAGGCAAGAGAGGCCGAAAAAACAAAGAAGAAAGAAGAGGAAAAGGUCAAAAAGAAGGAGGAGGAGAAAUCAAAAGAGGAGAAGACAAAAAAGAAAGAGGAGAAACCGAAAGAGGAGUCAAAAAAGAAAGAAGAGGAGAAACUGAAAGAGGAGUCAAAAAAGAAAGAAGAGGGAAAGGAGGAGGAAAAGGCAGAAGAAAAGCAAAAUAAGGAAGAGGAAAAAGGGAAGAAAAAAGAGAAGGGGAAGAACAAAGGGAAGAAGGAGGGGAAAGGGCCGAGUGAGGAGCAGGUGAAAGCCCCUAUUGCUGCUCCGGAGCCUGAGCUUAAAACCGAGCCGGACGCUGAGCAGGCUCCGGAUCAGCACUCAGUGAGCAGCACAGAGACGCAGCCGCCUCCAGAGGAACACAAGGAGGAAGCUGUGAUAAAGAAGGAGCCUGAAGCCGUGGAAGUGAAGGAGGCGGACACAGAGAAAAAAGAGGAAGAACCAGCGAAACAGGAGAAAGAAGCCAAAGGAGAGGAAAAGGCGAAGGAGGAGGCGAAGAAGGAGAAACCUGUAAAAGAAAAGAAGACAGAGAAGAAGGCAGAAGAAGCUAAAGGCUCCAAACGUCAGAAAACCAUGCAGUGCAAAGUCAUCUUACUGGACGACACUCAGUUUGAGUGUGAGCUUGAUAAACAUGCUAAAGGCCAAGAACUUUUAACUAAGGUGUGUGACCAUGUCAACCUGCUGGAGAGAGAUUACUUUGGCCUCGCGAACUGGGAAACACCGACUAACAAGACAUGGUUGGAAGCCACCAAAGAGAUCCGGAAACAGGUUUCGGGUGCUGUGUAUGAGUUUACAUUCAACGUGAAAUUCUACCCUCCCGAUCCAGCACAGCUUACUGAAGACCUGACCAGGUACUUUCUGUGCCUCCAGCUGAGGAAGGACAUUAUGCGUGGUGUUCUUCCCUGUUCCUUUGUCACACUGUCCCUGCUGGGCUCCUACGCAGCCCAGUCAGAGCUCGGAGAGUAUGACCCAGAGCUCCACGGAACUGACUACGUUCAUGAUCUGAGCCUGGCCCCCGGACAGAGCAAAGAGCUGGAGGAAAAGGUGAUGGAGCUGCACCGCACAUACAGGUCAAUGAGUCCAGCCCAAGCAGACAUGUUGUUUCUGGAAAAUGCCAAGAAACUUGCCAUGUAUGGAGUUGACCUGCACCAUGCCAAGGAUCUUGAUGGUGUCGACAUUACGCUGGGGGUUUGCUCUAGUGGCCUGAUGGUUUACAAGGACAAGCUGAGGAUCAACCGUUUCCCCUGGCCCAAAGUGCUCAAGAUCUCUUACAAACGUAGUAGCUUCUUUAUCAAAAUCAGGGCAUCAGAGCAAGAGCAGUAUGAAAGCACGAUUGGCUUUAAACUGCCCAACUACAAAGCCUCGAAGAAGCUGUGGAAAGUUUGCGUUGAACACCAUACCUUCUUCAGAGUUCCAACAGUAGAGCCCCCGUCAACACGUCGCUUCCUCGCCUUGGGCUCUAAGUUCCGGUACAGCGGGCGCACUCAGGCUCAGACCCGCCAGGCCAGCUCCAUGAUUGACCGCCCAGCCCCUCGCUUCACACGCUCUGCGAGCAAGAGGCUUUCCCGUAACCUAGAUGGAGCUGGAGAUGAAACUCUCCAGUUCCUGCGACAACUAUCGGCAUCAACCAGGUCUGAGGUUGAUGAUUGGUCACUGUUGCUGGCAUCUGAAAAACCACAGCCUUCUCCUAUAUUCCCAGCCAGAGGGGAGUCCGAGCAGACUUUCGUUCAGUCCUUGGAGGAGGGGCAGUCUGUUCACACAGUCACAGUAACCUGGCAGGACACUGAGACUGGGCAGACUGGCUCUCAAACUAUCAACCAGACAGCCAGUCAGCCGUGGCAGGAGCUGGCAUCUGAUGAGCAACAGCAGAGGAGAAAGGAUGACGAGUGGUCUGCCCUGCUCCAACGCUAUCCCCCCUUUCCAUUUGUCCCACCGUUUGAUUUUGUGAAACAGCCAGCUAAGCUCAGCUUGGCGAAUAUUAGCUCUAUGGACAGGCUAUUGCAACCAGCACUGACACAGGAAGAUGAUUGGUACCUUUACUUUGACCGAAUCUUCAGCCUUUCCUCGCUUGAGCUUGUUGACAAACCAUUCUCUCCUGUAGCUAAGUACCAGCUCCAGGAGGAAGAUGAGCAGGGCAUGCAUAUGGCAGAGCAGGAACUGACCAAUGAGGAGGUCAUUGAGAGGCUACAGCAAACUGUGACUUUGGUAGAUAAACUGAGAGAGGUGGAUGUUUUGGAAAAGAGGCUGAGGGAAGUGAGGGAUUUAGAGGAAAGGCUCCAAGAAGUGGAUGAGAUGGCAGAGAGACUUCAGGAAGUAAUAGAAGAUGAAUUGGGUAAGGAAGAGAUAGAUAAGUUAAGAGAGGAAGAGAGAGAUUUGGAGCAGAAAGAACGAAUACAAGCUAAAACUAUAACAGAAACAGUGGUGAGGAAAUCAGUGAGGAGAAUAGAGACAAAUGAGGAUGAAGUGGAUGAACUGGAGGAGCAGAUAAAGCGGGUGUUUUUAAAAGGCUUGUUGCCUGAGGAAGAAGAGGCAGAGGUGAAGCAGGAGAGUGAGAAGGAGGCGACAGACGAGAGUCUGUCAUAUGAUAGCUUCAUAGGGAAUGUACGCCAGAUAGAAAAGGAACAGCAAGACGAAGUGAAGGAUACAUCUGGCUCUUCAGAUGUCACCGGUACCACGUCUAUAGUAGCAUACCGGAAGGUGGAGCGUAGGACUAAGAAGAGAGUGACUAUUGUAGAAGACAGAGGGCAGUGGCAGGAAGAAAUGGAAGAAGGACAGGCUGGUGUCAUGUCAGAGGAGAGGCUAGAAAAAGAGGAGACAUGGCGUAAAACAGAAAUAGUGGAGGAGAUAACUGAGAGAAAAGACAGAGAGAGGCUUCAGCCUGAGGAUCCAUCUCAGGUGGCAGAUCAGGACAUCUGGUUCAUACUUUUCGACCGCCCUCCAUACAAAGCUAUUUUCAAACCACCAGUUACCACUGUGGAACGCGCUCAGGUGGAUGAAGGCGAGUAUUUCAGCUCAAUGACUGAGAUUACAACAGUUGAGGAGAAAACAGAGAUUAUAGUAGAAGAGAGACAAACAAGAGAAGAGGAAGUUUGGCAUAUACCAGAGAUCCCACCACCACAGACCAUCACAGAAAGAGAUGGUGACUGGUUUGUGCUGCUGGAUGUUAUUCCCAGAGAAACACCUUAUGUGCCACCAGUGACGUUGAAGGGAAGAGACCCGAUGGAUGCAGAAAGUUUUGUCUCUGUGGACGGAACUGCAGUCGGUGAGGAGAUUAGAGAAGUAGUAGCUGAAGAGAGAAAGAUAAUUGAAGAGGCUCCGAGACGUCCACAAGAAAUCCCACAAGAAAUCCCACAAGAAAUCCCACAAGAAAUCCCACAAGAAAUCCCACAGCAGCUGCAGACAGACAGAGAUGAUGACUGGUUUGUGUUGCUGGAUGUUGUUCCCAGAGAAACAUCAUAUGUACCACCAGUUGCUGUUGCACAGCGUGUUGAAGUGUCUCCAAAAGAACGUGCCUCUGUGGUUGAAAUAACAACAGUUGAGCGGAGAGAAAAAAGAGUGGAGGUUGUGGUAGAAGACACAGAAAUGAAGACAGUGCAGAGUGAAAAGCAGGUAGUAGCACUGCCACAGGCUGUGAAGGCUGUGAGAGAGAUAGAAGAUGACUGGUUUGUGCUGCUGGAUAUUCCCGUUAGAGAACCAUCAUUUGUGCCACCAGUUACUAUGGCUGAGUACGUUCAGGUUUAUCCUGAGGAACGCUUUUCUACUGUGCCUGAAAUGAUAACAGUAGAGUCCAAGAGGGAGGUUGUAGUUGAAGAGAUUGUGGUGCAGAAAGAGGACAAGAAGCUUCCCAAGCAAAUAAUUCCAGAGCAGAAAAUAUCCCAGCCAGUCAGAGCAAGAGACGACGACUGGUUUGUGCUGCUGGAUGUUAUUCCCAGAGAAACACCUUAUGUGCCUCCAGUGACAUUGAAGGGAAGAGACCAGAUGGAUACAGAAAGUUUUGCCUCUGUGGACGGAACUGCAGUGGGUCCAGUUUCUCUGCCGUUACCGAGACAAAUCUAUGAAAGUGUUCAACCGCAAAUUGAAGUAAUAAGCAUAGAGCGGAAGCUGCAGCAGGCUGAUCUUGACCAGAUUAGACUGCAGCCUUCCCAGCCACUGCCAGAGAGAGAAGAUGACUGGUUUGUACUGUUUGAUGCUAUUCGUGAAGAGGCAGUCAUACCACCAUCAGUUACUCCUGUUAAGAUUAUUUCGGAUAUGAGGAAGUCAUUUGAGGCUGAGGUGAAAACCACAGUGAUUACAACAUGGAAGCAGACGAUAAUUGGUGUGGACAGCAGGCAAGAUGAGACACGUCUGCCUGAAAUUAGACCUAGCGAUAUCGCCCCACCAUCAGAAAGGGAAGGAGGAGAUGAUUGGUUCAUCCUGUUGGACGUCAUCCGUAAAAAGCCUGUUGUCAUGCCACCAGUUGCUGUGGCUGAGCGUACUGUGCAUGUGGUGGCAGCCACCGAACCAAAACCAAAAUUCAUCAUGGAAGAUGUGAGGCCACCUGUGAAGUUGGUGGAGAUUAAACCACCACAGCCGAGACAGGUGGAUGAUGACUGGUUUGUGCUGUUGGAUGUUGCAGCAAAAGCACCAGUGGCUGUGGACGAACCUAUCCGCAUGCGUCCUGAAGUCAGACCAGCUGAAAAGUUUGCAGCCAUAGAACAGAGAGAACAGCAGAGAAUCACUAUAGUGAAGGAGACGUGGCAGCAGGAGAAGGUGGUACAGCAGAAAACACGUCCAGCAGUGAGAGAGGUGGAGGAUGAUUGGUUUAUUCUCCUGGAUGUGGCCUCUAAGAAAUCAGUCGCAGUCCCAGAGCGCAUCCAGUUCCCAGCAGUAGUGAGAGGGCCACCUGCAGUGGUGAGAGGGCCAUCUGCAGUGGUGAGAGGGCCACCUGCAGUGGUGAGAGGGCCAUCUGCAGUGGCCAAAACAAGGAUUUCCAUUUCCGAGACAAGACCGCAGUUUGGGAAACGGAUCCUGGAGGAAAGACAUCCGCUCGCACAUACGCAUGUCAAUGAUGAUUGGUUUGUUCUACUAGAUGUUGGCCUCAAAGAGUCAGUGGUGAGCACACAGAGGGGCACCCGGCCUGUCAGUGCUCCGGUCUUCUCCCAGGCUGCUCUGGCAGAGGCAGGGAUCCCAAUGGCACCUUUCGAUCAGCCCCAGACCUCCACUCCAAUCAAGACUGGCCGCAAGGAGGAAAGAAGGCUGCAGGUCACAGUAGAAACUGUGGAGCCCUCAAAAAUCGAAGCUGUGGCUGAGGUCAAGCCAGCAGUGUGGAGGGACCAGAGAGAAGUACACUCUUCACUGAUAUCCACCAUCAAUGGGGACAUUCAGCACGAGUCUGAGGCGAUGAGCACGGAGGUGGUGCGAAUGCGAAAGAAAAGAGCUAAGAAAAUUGAGGGUGACUCAAUUUAUAUCAGACAUAGCCUUUUAAUGUUGGAGGAGUUCGAUAAGCCUCAGGAGGACCUGCUCAAGCAUCAUGCCAGCAUCAGUGAGCUGAAGAGGAACUUCAUGGAAUCCGUCCCGGAGCAGAAGCCCAGUGAAUGGGAUAAGCGUCUGUCCACGCACUCUCCGUUCCGCACCCUGGGUAUCAAUGGUCAGCCUCUGCCCAGUGCAGAUGGGAGUCUGUGCAUUAGUCCCCUUUGCAAUGGUUCAGAGACAAAGUCUGCCCACGUGGAAACCGGCAGCAAUUUGGGCCUUUCAGUCAUUCCAAGUCCUACUGUGAGCCACAAGAGUGAGCCUGGUAGUAUCGAAGCCCACGAUGCUCCAGUUGAGGAAGCGUCAUGUGAUCAGGAUGAGGUUGUAGUUUUUGACACCUCCUUGGUGCCCAUCGUAGAGGUGGACAUGGUGCAGCUGCCUCCCUCCCUCGACCCCUGCUGUAGAGCUAUAGCUGAGAGCCUGGAGGAAGAAGGAUCGUAUCCCAACAUGUCGAUGUCGGAGUGCUCUGAGAGGAUAGUUGGAUCUUCCACAGCUUCUUAUUUCAGGAGCGAUGGUCCACAGGUCAUACGCUGCUUCCAGCCCCCUCUGGUGCAGACCCAGACAGUCACCAUCACAGCUUCUUCCAACUCCCUACCCAGUGGCAUCUCCACCACAGAGGUCCCCGUCGUCCCGACCAAGACCUUCAUCUAUGAGUCUUCAAAGGAGACAGACGAUGGGACAGAGAGCAAAGAUAGCACAACCGUGUCCAGCUCCAAAACCGUUACCUCGGAGAUCACCAGUGGCACCACAGUCACUACCACUCACAUCUCAAAGGUAGUGAAAAGUGGAUCUACAGAGACUCGUGUGGAGAAGAGAAUCGUCAUAACUGCAGAUUCUGACAUUGACCAAGAUAAGGGGAAAGAUGGCGGAGCAUCAGCAUUGUAACUGAAUCACCACCUGCAUUUAUUCCUUUGACUCUCCAGCUUUCAUCCCUUCAUCAGAGUGCAGAACUCGGUGAACAGCUCUAUCUGCGCACACAUAUCCAGAAAGAAAUAUCUCAUAAAUCUGCACCUAAAAUUAUGGAUAACUCAGUUAGAUGAAUCUUAGUAGAUCCUCUUUGUUUUGUCUUUCCUUUCUUAUUUAAUUUUUUUUCAGUUGAGCUGUUCAUUGUAGGUAGAGGAGGGCUGCACAGUGCUCAUGUUUGAACAAAUGCUUACAGUAUCUCAACCCAGGUGUUUAAAAAAAACUUAGUGAAUACAAUUUUAUUGGUUUAAAAAAACAGCAGUUUCAGUCGUGUGAUCUCAGUUAUGUUUGCUUUUAAAUGCUUUUUUUUCUCCCUAGUGGUUUUUACAUUGUUGAUUUUCUACAAAUGCACUGUUUCCAUCCUAGUUUAGACACCAUUAUCAGCAUUUAUUCCUUUGGUGCUGCUAGGGGAACGUUAAGACUACAUUCAAGGGAACUGUUUUUGUUGUUGUUUACUUGUCUAUUUAAUUCAGGAGCAACUUUAUUUUAUAAAAUUACAUGAAAUGACAUACCUCGCAUAGAUAUGUGAUAUUACGUGCUCAAAUUUGGACAGUUGUGUGGUUUUGUUCACUGCUCAGGUACAAAAACAUUAAAAAAAAUCAAAUGUUUUCUUCCCUAACCAGCUAAGAACCAGUAGCCUACAUAUUAUUGUAAAGUUUGAAUUAAAAAUUGAUCUAUUUUUAAAUAUUUCUCUAUUUUAUAGAAUUGCUUUUAUAGUAUUUGUACAAAUUUGGGGUUUUUAAGUUAUUCAUAUCCAUCUGCUCAUUAAAUUGUAGGUUGCCAUUGUGCUGUUUACGGAGUUAUGAGGUCUCUAUUUAAGACCCGCUUACCUGUCUUGCCUGACACCCUGAAUCAUUCUUAUUCGUUUCCUCUUGUAGUCCACCAAGUUUAUCAAACCUUUCACAACUUACAUAUGAGAAUGGAGUGCUUCCCUCAGCCCUAUGUUUUUGUUCAGUAGCAUAGAAGUUAUAAUUGCUUUGAAUAUAUUUGGUUGAUAAGAGAAGUUUUACAAGCUUUGGUCUGUUUAUCUCAGGUUUUGAUAUUCUUUGUAAGACUACAGACCUCCAUAUGAUUGUAUGAGUAAUGUCCAUAUAUGUAUAUCCAUCCCUACUUUAAGAAGACUUACUUUAAAUGUACAUUUAUGUUCAGCCAAGUGAGGUCAAUAAAUACAAAGUUUGUCUGUCACAGUAACCACACAUUUUAAGAGGUGAAGGCAGCUGUCCCAGUGUAUGUGGCUUUUCUCUCAUAGGAGCACAAGUUGUCUUUUUUUACAUGUUCUACUAUACAGUAAUUUAUUUGUAAAGUAGGAACCGUCUCGUGUGAUUUGAUGUACUGUGAUGUUUCAACACAAGCUGGUUUCCAGGCUUCCACUAGAGAUGUCACAAUGUUAAAUAUUGCAUUCGUUAUCAACCAAGUUUGUAAAGCCUUUUUACCACAUAGUCUACAUAGAUUGCUCUGUAAUUUUCCAUAGAAGAGAAAUUGCUUGAAAAUAUACAAAACCCUUUUAGAUAGCAUGUUUGUUAGCAAGCUUUUUUUAACCCAAAAAGAAGCCAUUGGUAUUGUAGCUACAUGGAAAACAACAGAAACCUCUCCUGGAAGAAAACGUAGAAUUUCACAUGAAGAAAUUAGUUUUUAGACAAUGGAAAAUAUUGUUGCUUUGUGACUUAUCCCUGUCUUUUUAUGAAAAAAUAAAACCUGCAUUAUUUUGCA